GCUUCCUGUCUCCAUCCUUAGGAAGUUACAUUCCUCAGAGAGAAUGGAAUCACUAAGGGAUCGGUCUGUGGAAGAGCUCCAGGUGCUGCAGGAGAAUUCAGAGGAGACAGAGCGUCUGGCAUUGGAGUCGCAUGAGGUCCAGGAACUUCAACUGGAAAGGGAAAUGGCCCUUGCCACAAACCGGAGCUUGGCAGAGCAGAAUCUGGAGUUCCAGCAGCCCCUGGAAACUGGACGUGCAAACCUUUCCGACAGCUACCAAGAACUGCAGAAGCUGACUGAAAGGUGCCAAGAAAAAAAGGCACAACUGGAUAAAUUCUCGGCAACAAUGCAGCCUCAGAUUUUAUUAGAUCUUCUCCAGGUAGAGAGCCAGAAAAUCGAAGAGGAGUCUGAGUGAACUGCAGGAAGGGGAGCAUAGACUGGAUAAAGAAGAAUCCAGUAUUCCUCACACCCCCUUCCCUUCAAUAUUGACCUGAGGAAACACUGGGCACCAACAGAGAAACUGAAAGAUUCUUAAUGUAAAUGGGUUUUUCUUUGCUCAGCACUUUAUCUACCACAUUCUGCUUGGGUGCCUGUAAGUUAUUUAUAAAGAUAGAUCACUAAUGGACUAGUCCAGGUUGAAUGCUCUUGGAAUUUGAUGGACACAGUUCCAUACUUGUGAUUAAUUAUGGUAAUAAAACUUGAUGAAUUGCA